AUGUCUUCAGAAAAAUUAAAGAACUGUUCGGUUGGAAACCACCUAGAAGAAGACUGUCAUUUGGGUGUUCAUUCAAGGGUAUCUGGAUUGAAAUCAUUUAGUCUUUUAACAUCUGAGCAGCUCAAGUUAAUAUCACUGAGAACUGGGAUUUCAAACAGCCCUGAACUUGAUAUUUGUCUACAUCAUGAGCAGGCAAUUGUAAUUCGAUAUGCCCAGUACCAAAAAAGCUGCUGCAACCCAUUUAAAAAACACAGAAAAACAGUAAAAGGCUCUUUACGAGAAGUGUCUAUAGACACUGCUGAAGAAUUUAACAGUAUAAACAUUGUGAUUAUUCCUGGAAAGAAGAUAUGCCCAUCUUGUCGGAAAGAACUUUCAAAAAAACUACAGGAAUCAAACGAGGAGAACCAGCAAAUCGCAGACAAAUCUGAUUCGGAAACUGGGAACGAAAGUGACACAGAAACUAUGUCUCUCGGAAGCCAGGAGGAAAUGCUGAGGCAUGAUCUUGACGUGAGUCUUGAAGUAAUGGAUCUGAGCCCUAUCAAGUUGCACGGUGUUGCAUCUCACUCUAAAGUCGUUUUAGGUAAGCGUAAAUUGGAACAGUUUCGUGAGAAAAUGAAAGAUCAAGAAACUACCCUUCAGAAAAAAGUUGCACAAGUUAUCGAUGUUAUGCCAGAAGAUCUAACACCAUCAGAGAGCAGUCAACCAGAAAAUUACAAAGAGAUGAAAGAAAAGGCAGAUAAUUUAGACAGACUUGUUGAUCUUAUGAAAAACAAGAUAAAAAUUUCCAACAGAAGGCAGAAAAUUCAAAUUUUGACAAUAGCUCCAGCUUCUUGGUCUAUUGAGAAAACUAAAACAGAAUUUAAUGUCUCUACUUACAUGGUUAGGCAGGCAAGAAAAAUAGCGAAAGAAAAGGGUAUUUUAGAGUUGCCGGAACAAAAGAAAGGAAAAGUGCUGUCGGAAGAAACAAGAAGAUGUGUCAUUGACUUUUACUGUGAUGAUGAAUAUAGUAGACUAAUGCCAGGCAAAAAGGAUUUUGUUAGCAUAGCAAGAAACACACACAUGCAGAAAAGGCUUUUGCUUUGUGAUAUGAAAGAACUCUAUGCUGAAUUCAAAAAGACAUUCCCACAUCUAGAAGUUGGUUUUUCAAAGUUUUGUAGUUUGAGACCAAAAUGGUGUGUGCUGGUUGGAUGUUCCGGAACCCAUUCUGUGUGUGUAUGCACCAUUCAUCAAAAUGUUGUUCUAAUGCUUGGUGCUGUAAACCUUGAUAAAGGUCACCAUGAACUCAUGGACAUGAUUGUCUGCAGCAGGGAUUCGAAAGAGUGUAUGGUUCACCGCUGUCCUAACUGCCCAGUUGACACCGAAGCCUUGGAAAAUUAUUUGUUGCAUGAACUCCAACCAGAAAUUGACGAAGAUGGCGAAGAUGAACCGCUGGACAUCCAGUUCCAACAGUGGACAAAUGUUGAUCGCUCAGAGCUGGUACAGCAGAUCCUGCCAGUUGAAGAUUUUGUAUCCCUCUUGGUUCAAAAACUCAACACUCUUACAGCGCAUUCAUAUAUUGCUAAAGCUCAGGCGAAGUAUCUUAAGAAGUGUAAGGAAGAACUGAAAGAAAAUGAGGUAAUUGUUUUGGGAGAUUUCGCAGAAAAUUAUAAGUUCGUUAUUCAAGAUGAAAUCCAGGGAUUUCACUGGAACAAAUAGACUUGUACCCUACAUCCAAUUGUUUUGUACUAUAAGAAGGUUCAAGGUACACUGACACAGAAAUCGCUUUGCUUCAUUUCUGAUGAUUUGAAUCAUGACACAUGUUUUGUCUAUGAAGUUAUCAAGCAAACUGUGAAUCACAUUAAGGAGGAGAUUUUUACAACACCAAGUCUGAUGCAUUAUUUUAGUGAUGGCUGUGCUGGACAGUACAAGAACUACAAGAACUUUAUUAACAUUUGCCUUCAUGAAAAGGACUUUGAUGUGAAAUGUAUUUGGUCAUUUUUUGCUACAAGCCAUGGCAAAUCUCCAUGUGAUGGGCUUGGAGGAACACUGAAGCGUUUAACUGCAAGAGCUAGUCUUCAGAGAACACUUUCUAACCAAAUUUUAACAGCAAGGCAAGUUUUUGAGUACUGCAAAGAAGAAAUCAAGGGAAUUUUUGUUUCCUUUAUUUCAAUCGAACAAAUGGAUCCUGUGAGAAGCAUGUUGGAGACAAGGUUUAGCACCGCAAGUACACUGCCUGGCACACGGAGCUUUCACCAAUUUGUUCCCCUCUCAGAGACUGUUAUGGCUACUAAACGUGUUUCGGAAAACGAAUCCUAUGCACUAGAGUAUAAUCUGGUGUUGGGAAAGAAGAACACAAUUAAGUUCCAAUCAGAUCCAAAAGUAUCUGAUUUUGUCGUGUGCUCAUAUGAUGAGAAAUACUGGAUUGGGCUCAUUGAUUUAGUGGACAAAGAACAUGAGGAUGUUAGAGUCAAAUUUAUGCAUCCAAGCUACCCAGCAAGAUCCUUUUCCUGGCCAAAGAAAGACGAUGUAUGUUUUGUGCCAAUUGUGAAUGUUGCCUGCAUCAUUGGAGCACCUGUCACAGGAACAGGAAGACAAUACACACUAGACGACAAAGACAUCGACACAAUCGAACAAGCACUCGCUAAAUAA